GCGAGACUACCGGAAACGACGUUAAUGUGUUCGCCAUUGUGGAAUAUUCUGGUUUGCACAUGACAUCGUGUUUGACAAUCCUUCAUAAUCUAAGUGCGCUGGAGACAUCUUGCGAAAAUUAAGCACGAUGUCGUUUGGACAGAUCGCCUUUGAUGAAUAUGGGCGACCUUUUAUUAUUCUUCGGGACCAGGACAGGAAAACUCGCCUUACCGGCAUCGAUGCUCAUAAGUCCCACAUUCUGGCAGCAAAAUCAGUUGCUGGAAUACUGAAGACUUCCUUAGGACCUAAAGGACUAGACAAAAUGCUGGUAUCUCCAGAUGGUGAUGUGACAGUGACAAACGAUGGUGCCACUAUCCUAGACAUGAUGGAUGUUGACCACCAGAUUGCAAAAUUGAUGGUGCAGCUGUCUAAGUCUCAGGAUGAUGAGAUUGGAGAUGGAACAACUGGUGUUGUUGUAUUGGCUGGAGCAUUGCUGGAGCAUGCAGAAAAAUUGCUAGAUCGUGGCAUCCAUCCUAUUCGCAUUGCUGAUGGAUAUGAAAUUGCAGCUAAGAUUGCUGUUGAUAGACUGAAUGAGAUUAGUGACAAAUUUGAAGUUAAUCUCCAAAAUCCAGAGCCACUCAUCCAGUUAGCCAUGACCACCCUGGGCUCAAAAAUUGUGAACCGUUGUCAUCGCCAAAUGGCAGAGAUUGCAGUAAAUACUAUUCUGGCAGUAGCAGACUUGAAGCGACGUGAUGUUGAUUUUGAACUCAUCAAAGUUGAGGGGAAAGUUGGUGGCAAGCUGGAGGACACGAUGUUGGUUAAGGGAGUUGUGGUUGACAAGGACAUGAGUCACCCACAAAUGCCUAAGGUGGUGAAAGAUGCAAAGAUUGCCAUUCUAACCUGUCCUUUUGAGCCACCCAAACCGAAGACAAAGCAUAAGCUAGAUGUCACCUCAGUAGAGGACUAUAAAAAACUGCGUCAGUACGAGCUUGAUAAAUUUAAGGAGAUGGUACAAAUUGUGAAAGACAAGGGAGCUAAUCUUGUGAUCUGUCAGUGGGGUUUUGAUGAUGAAGCAAACCACUUGUUACUGCAGUCUGAGCUUCCUGCUGUACGCUGGGUUGGGGGUCCUGAGAUUGAGCUGAUAGCUAUUGCUACUGGGGGCCGUAUUGUUCCUCGAUUUGAGGAGCUCACACCUGAAAAGCUAGGGAAAGCAGGCAUUGUGAGGGAGCUUGCCUUUGGCACUACCAAGGAGCGCAUGCUAGUGAUUGAAGAGUGCCAGAAUUCCCGUGCUGUGACAAUUUUUAUUCGAGGAGGCAACAAGAUGAUUGUUGCUGAGGCCAAACGCAGUAUUCAUGAUGCCCUGUGCGUUAUUCGUAACCUAAUACGUGAUGAUCGUGUCGUAUAUGGUGGUGGGGCUCCAGAGAUUGCAGCUUCCUUAGCUGUCGCAAAAGCUGCUGAUCAGAUCUCAACACUAGAGCAGUAUGCAGUAAGGGCAUUUGCAGAAGCCCUGGAAUCCAUCCCACUUGCUUUGGCUGAAAACAGUGGGCACCCUCCUAUUCACACACUAGCAGCAGUGAAGUCUCGUCAAGUGACGGAGAACAACCCACGCCUAGGAAUCGACUGUCUUAACAAAGGAACAAAUGACAUGCGAGAACAAAAUGUGAUUGAGACUCUCAUGGCAAAGAAGCAGCAGAUCCUGCUUGCUACUCAGCUAGUGCGCAUGAUCCUCAAAAUUGAUGACAUUCGAGCUCCAUCAGAAAUGUAGAACAAUUUUGUCUUAAGAUUGUAUGCCUGGUCCAGUCUCGUGUGCUGUGAGAUGCGUGUAGACCUUGUCUGUCUGCUGAAGAAAUCACCAAGUGGUUUGGCAUCUUGCGGGUCGUGUGCUUGCAUCUUGUGUCACAUCCCUGCUGUCAUGUUAAAAUCAUAUUCAGAAAGUUCCCCACAUGUGCUAAUUGUGAUGGUGCAAAAAAUGAUGUCCCUGAGACACAGUUUUGUGCACAGCUUAAAAAUGUGUUGUAAUUGAGUAGUUUAAAAAAAAAAUAAAAAACUUGAAACUUAAAUUUUUGAAGUGAGAGGUAGUGGUGGUCCUUUAAUGCAGGGUUGGUCUGGUGGAGCAAUGGUUGGCUGUCCUGGAUUCGGCUCUCAUCUCUGACAUGCUGUUCUUUUUCUGCAUGUGGCAUCCGUUUACAGGCCUGGUUGCUAUAAUGUAGCCUUAGUUGCUGGCUCCGUGUAAAACACAGUUCCACUCCUCCCACCUCUGGGCCCUUUAAGGCCUAUAAAAAUCAUUUGGUCUUGCCCUGCCAAGGCAACUGUGGCAGAUGUCAAAUUCAAUAAAUCUAGGAGCUGUUUUCAUAGCAACGUGAAUUUAUACAAAGUAAAUUAUAAUAAGAAUGUAAAUUUUAAGAGACCAGCAGAGAGUCAAUAAGUACUUGAUGGGACAAGACGUGUAUUGUGGCGACUCGGUGGACAGUGCUAUAGUUAGGCUGGGAGUGUAUAUGUUGCACAAAGUGGUGAAAUCACAGCUUGAUCAAAUACAGCAGGAUAAUUUUAAGUUGAUAAUUUUGUACAACGUGCAAAUGAUGUUAUAUAUCCAACUUGGUAAAUAAGAUUCCCCAACCCUGCUUUAAGGUAACAGGGUCAUGGAGAAAAAAACCCCAAAACAGUAGAAGGUCGAACACUUAGGUCAUGCCAUGCAUUCUGAUCAUUUUAUGGUAAGGUUUUUGGGAAGAGCAUGCCAUGGUAGCACAAGCACCAACCCCCUUGCUAGGGAGAAGCUUGGCCCAAAACCAGUCUUGGUAACUAGGACUUAGUGUGUUUAUUUUCUAGCAAGUAGUAGAAGGUAUGAAAGAGCAUUACUUUAAUGUCUAACUGCAAAGAGCUUCAGUUAUUUUUUUAUUGGCAGAAUUAUUUAAAGGUCAAGUACAGGGGGAACAGGUAAGGAAAUGGGGUUUAUAAAGACUUUCACACUGAAGUGUUAUUUAUAUUUAGAACUGCUGAUAAUAAACUACAGACAUCCUUGCAAA